UAGCUGCCGAGCCAAACAAAUAUGUGUGAGAAUAAGGAGAGUCGCAGACGAGGAUCAGUGUCGAGCUAAUUGGACCUCCAAUAUUUAGAGAAAGGCUGUGCUCCACUGGAAACAUUGCCAUAGACUUCCAUUUUCUAGACAUUUGUUGAUGCACUUGGAGGGUCAAGUCGUGGCGUGCAGUACGGUCAUGGUGUCCUGUGCUCUCUUGGUCCUGGGCCCUCUGUGGAUCCCCAUUCUGACACAAGCCUGCAGGGGAGAGGAGCUGUCCAGAGAAGUGGUGUUGUCCUGGUUCAGAGAGCGGGUCCUGGAGGACCUCGGGCUGGAGGAGCCUCCUCUGACCACGGCACAGGGUCCUGACAGGGACGUGCCAGACGCAAGGCAGGCGCCCUGGGGUGCCCCCGGCAGGACGAGCAGGACAGCGUGGGUCAACCGUGGAACCAGUCCGGCCCAGGACACAUCUCAAAUCAUUCUCUUCCCCGGCUCCGACUCACCCUGUGGCGCAUCGGACUCGGCUCCUGGAGAGACCACCAACAGCCACUUCACGUAUUACUUCCAGCCCUCCGUGAACAACCUGGAGAUGGAGGUCACGUCCGCCCACUUCUGGUUCUACGCCGGCGAAGGCGUCAACUCCUCCGCCCCGCUGUUCAUUCUCGCGUCAGCGCAGCGGCGUCUUCGGGCGGCGGAGGCCGCGCCGGCGACGAGCGCAGACGGGUGGAGCACCUACGAGCUGGCCCGACACCCGCUGGCCUCUGUGGCCGAGGGCCCCUUUCUGCUCCAGGUCCGCUGCCCGGCCUGUCGGUGCCACCGCGACGAGCCGGACAAGACGCCCUUUCUUCACCUGCGCGCUCAGCCUCGCGGUCCCGUGCGCUCGCGGCGCCGCCGCGCGCCGGUGACCAUCCCCUGGUCUUCUUCCGGUGUGGACCUGCUCCAGCGGCCCUCUAAGGAGAGACCCGAGCACGGUGACUGCCUCAGGACAGAGAUGGAGAUCAGCUUUGAGGAGCUGGGCUGGGGCAGCUGGAUCGUCCAUCCAAAGCUGCUGACUUUCUCCUACUGCCGUGGGAACUGCUCAGCCGGGGAUCGAACCGCCGCCAUGCUGGGCAUCACACAGUGCUGCGCUCCGGUCCCAGGCACCAUGAAGUCCCUGAGGAUCACCACGACCUCUGACGGCGGGUACUCGUUCAAGUAUGAGACCUUGCCCAACAUUAUACCUGAGGAGUGUACUUGUAUCUGAACGCUUAAAGGGCCAGUACACCCAAACAAAAGCACUGGUGUUAGUGUUCUGCCUUCCAGCCAAGGGGAAUAUUUCUGUGCCGAGGUUUUGAGAUCAGUUUUUCCAAAUGUAAUGUUUAAAAGCACAGAUGGGCAUGACUUGUAUUCAAUUCACCUCCAUUGUGUUUAGAAAAUAUGAGCCAAUAAUACUUCAGAUAUCACUUGUAGCAAGUUAUAAAGUGUGUGUUAAUGCGGGCCCUUUAAAGCUCUGCAUGCCACUUAAAGUAGAACUCCUCCAAGGCCAGCGUUGUAUUGCUUUUCAUUGUUUCGAUUCUGGCCUCUAGAGGGCAGUGUACGUCUACUUUGACGCCGCUUCCUUUCACAUCAAUGCCUUCACAUACAG